AUGGAUAGACCUCGUUGUUUUGCGGUCUUAAAGCGUGCGUACGGGAAGUACGUCGAGGAUAUAAUACGGCGUGGUCAGAAUCAUAUCGACAAACUCGACUUUCUUGAUGCUUUUCCGACCGCUCGAAUCGAAGCUUUUAAAGCGGAAACAAUCAAAAAUAGCUUCUUAGCAACUAGCUUAGUCCUAUACAACCCAGAUCGUGUGAUUUCAAAGCUUAAUAUUCGACUUCGUACGCCUACACCACCACCAUCUCGAGGAAGCCAAAGCAGCGCGUGGGAGCCUAAGACACUAUCGAAUUAUAAGCAGCUUCAAAAACAAGCUUCUUCAAUCAAAAAGCUCUUAUAA